AUGCAUCAGAGGGAGCCCCGUUAUCGUUAUCGAGUUACGUUCAAUGGAGAGUGCUUCGUGAGCGACUCUGUUAAUCCUGAGGGCUUACCUCUGGCCGUGGUACUGGAGAAGACAGCGAGCGUGUGGUCGGAGCUCACCGACCGCACAGCAGCUAUUCUCUGUUACGAUAAGGUUGGGAAGUCUUGGAAGGUGACCAAGGAGACGAGCAUGGUCGCUCUAUUUGAUUGCUUUGCUGAGGAGAUAGUGAGGUCCUCUACUGGGGACACAGUCUUCAUCCUCAAGCUGGCAGUUCUGCUCGAAGACACUAUAUUAACUCAUAUUAACUCAAUAUUAACUCGUUAUGUCGUCCACCAUAAGUGA